AUGGGACAGGAACCUGCUCCCAACCCUCUGUGUCCCGGAGGCCCCUGCUCAUCAGGAGCUGCCAGCAGUACGGGCGGCUAUGCCACAAUAACGGCCGCAAAGCUGGAGCUGAACACCAAGUGCGUGGUGGAAAUGGAAGGGAACCAGACGGUGCUUCACCCGCCCCCUGCAAGCGCCAAGCAGGGAGAAAG